AUGGCCAUCGAAGAGGAGUACCACCACCACGAGGAUGAUCAGCCUAACACUUCAGACGACGACGACGCCCCCGAGGAGGUGGGCAAGGAGACGGCAAAGCAGGGCGCUUUGGAGCAGCUGGAGCGAGAGCACUCGGCAAAGGUGGCCGCCGUCGAGGCGGCCAAGUCGAAGCGUCGCGCCGAGAUUGAGCGAAACACCGAACAGCAGCGGGCAAAAAGGGAGCGGAAGAUCGCCUCCACAAAUACUUCUGCCGGAACUUCGCUGAACAGCAUUCCCGAUGACCUCCUGGCGAAGGUGGCCGCCAAGAGGAAAGAAGAGGAUUCAGGAGUUUCAGAACCCGAGAGCAUCCCGUCUCCUUCUAAAAAACGACCUCAGAACAAGCGGACCACUGUCUUUGACGACGACGACGACUACGAGCCACGUGAGCUGGAAACCGAGGCGACCACCUUCACUGCGGUGAACUUGGCAAAAGCCAAGGAGCUGGAUAAUCCAAUCACCGCAAUGCGAAAGGACAAAAGCAGCUGCUUCAACUUCCGCAACCGAAUGCUCUUUGAUAAGAAGCGGCUGCGGCGGGUUCACAGCGGGACGGCCGCAUCUUAUCAGUCAAAAAGAGCUAUUGCUUCGAGGCAAAACUAG